GCAAAUUCCUGGAAUUUUGUUCCCUGUGUUUACAGUUUUUGCAGCUUGGCCCACUGCAUGAAUAAGAGCAAGGGAAGUCGCGACAUCAUAGCCUCGCUCGCCACGGUUACGAGCUUAUAGCAAGUCCAAUACAACCAUACAUCCAGCUACCAUUGAUAACAUGCCGACCGAACUUGAAGAGCUCGUGGGCUUCAUUGCCUCGCCGAACGCCAACAUCCGCCUUCUCGCGACAGAGAACCUGGUGCCCUUCUCAGCGUCUCAGCCCGCCCUCUUCAAGACCGACGAGCUCACCCCCAUCAAGCAUCUCAAGUUCUUGAUCCGCGACCACCCGAAAAUCGCCGAGCACGCCCUAACAUGCUUGAUCAACUUGACUGCCGAGAAGGAUGUGCUGGAAUACGUCGCGACCGAUGAUCGCUUCCUUGGAAUCCUCCUCGGGCUUCUUGUCGAGCCCGAGGAGGUUAACGCCAAUCUUAUGGCUAUGUUGCUGGCAAACUUGACCAAGUGGGAUGGACUCAAAAGUCUUCUAGACCGGAAACAGCCCGCUCCAGAGAAGCUCAAGUCCGACGAUAGGGUCAUUAACCAACUAAUGGACCUCUUCGUCAAGGGCGCCGACGGGACUUACAACAAGCACGCCGAUUACGACUACCUCUCCUACGUCUUUGCCGACCUUUCGAAACAUGAAGAGAUCCGGCACUACUUUGUCAACAGACAGGACUACGACGAUGUUAUUCCAAUCAACAAGAUCAAGGUCUUUACCGAACACAAGUCCGAUAUCAGGCGAAAGGGAGUGGCGAGCAUUAUCAAGAACGCUGCUUUUGACAUUCCUUCGCACCCGGCGUUUUUGGAUGAGGAUGACGUCAAUAUCUUACCCUACAUUUUACUUCCUAUCAUGGGCGGCGAAGUUUAUCCCGAGGAUGAGGCAUUGGAAAUGCUUACCGAUCUUCAGCUAUUGCCUCCAGACAAGCAGCGCGAUCCCGACAGCAGCAACAUCCUGACACACCUAGAAACUCUUACUCUCCUCACCACAACGAGAGCUGGCCGCGAUUUGAUGAGGAGCAUCAGUGUUUACCCCAUUGUUCGGGAAACCCACCUGCGUGUUAAUGAUGAAGCUGUCCAGGAUGCUUGCGAGCGGUUAGUAAAUGUACUAAUGAGAGACGAAGCUGAGGGCGAAGAGAUUGAGGGAGGAGCAGCGACAGCAGAAGAAGAGGACGACAUCGUUGAGGUUUAAAAAUCUUGAGAAUGAACCAAACGCAGCUGGUUUCGCUCCAUCAGCGCCUGCCCGAAACCGACAGCCCGAGAUUGGUAUGCCCAUACGUUAUUUACAUACCGUCUGGAAGCACUUUGGGUACUAUGAUGCUGAAAGUUGUUACACCGCCACACACACAGCCUUACCAAGACUUUACUUGUCCCUUGGGUCGAGCUCCCCACAGUCACCAUUGCACCGUAUUGUUAUGCAUUCACCAGCGCCGUCAACCUUGGCAAAAGCUUGAGGGUCUUGGGUAUCUUCCUGUGCUUGUAUCGACGAAGACGCCCUUCUUUCGGAUCUGUGUCAUGAUGUCAUCCAAGCCCACCAACAACGCACUGGAAGAGUGCUUCUGCAGAGAACAGAAAGCUUGUGUGUCAAGGAGGGAAAGCUUGUGCGAUGGACUGGAAAGCUUGUUUUGGAUGACAGAGCCAAUGAAGUGGCACAAAAACUAUACGUGCUCACGAUAUGGUCCCGGAAGUUUAUUGACACCGGCACGGCUCGCUGAAUGAUGUUUGCCGCACAACAUACAGAGGCAUGGGACGCACCGGGCACUUGGGUUGUCAGAUCAGCUUGGCAUACGCAGGUUGAGCACCAGAUUCAUCGGGAUUGUCUAUACCGGUUUGUACCACAACACCAGACUGAAUCUCAGACUUCACGGUACUGCGAGUUGUUUUCGUAGGUCUAUCAACCUCCAGAAUGGGUCGUUGUUAACGAGAGGAAUAAUCCGUAGUUGAUAUGCCCAUGCCGUGGUCGAAGUCAGCGCUGUGAUUGGCCGAGCAUUGCGGAUUUGCCAAUGCAUAUCACACGAUACGUGCUGAAAGCCUGAAAUUGAAGGGUCUCCCUAUCUUCAAAGUCACACACGCGGCCCCCGUGCUUGCUCGAACAUGCAUAAAGACAAGCUGGUGGCCAACCUUGGAGCUCAAAGCGAGAUGCCUUGACGCGAGGACUGCUCCAGUCCCCACUGAUGGAAAAGCACAUGCCCUAAACGAGGAUUUGGUGAAGAUGAAAGACAUGUCGCUCAUGUCUUCUGUUGUGUGCGAAAUCACGGAUGAUUCCGUGCUCUGAAAGAACAUGUUUCGACGUCUCACUCACAGAUCAACAAUGGUCGUUGGUCUUGGUGGAUAACCGA